AUGAUCCGCAAGCUGGUCGCCCAGUACUUCCAGCUCGUGGAUCUCUCGGAUCUGGCACUCCCAGAUGGCCCUGUUCUCGUGCGGUCCGAUGUGCAGACUGCGCUAUACGAGCGCAUGUUCGCGGAAACCGUGUUCCCACUGCCACCGGCCAACUACCGCGCGCGCGUGCUGAAGCUAAUUCUGGCGCGCAUUGAGGCGUCAAUCCGUGAUCCGGAGGAGGAUGAGAUCCUCGACGAUCUCAUGUCCUGCUGGAGCACGCUGAUCGCAACGCCCAAGACCCCAGCUCUGGAGCAAGCACAGCAAUUGGAACUUGUAGAAUAUACGGCCCCGGUGCAGCCCGAUACGACAGACAGCACACCAGAGCGCACGGUUAUCACCUCCGAGUCGCGCGGGCUGAUUUACGGGUCUGGCACUACGGGGUUCCGCACCUGGGAGGCAGCCCUCCAUCUGGGGUCGUUCCUGGUGACUGGGAUGGGUGAAUCCCUCAUACGCGGGAAGCGAGUGAUAGAGCUCGGCGCUGGCACCGGGUUCUUGUCGCUACUAUGUGCGCGACAUCUCGGUGCUCAGGCGGUUGUUGCGACGGAUCGGGAAACUACUCUGAUUGAGAAUAUGGACCGCUGUGCUUCUCAUAAUCAGACCGAAACUGCCGCAGCGCUUCCAUUCUAUCCGGCUGUUUGGGAGUGGGGGACUCCCUUGGACGUUAAAGGCGGCGGGGAUGCGGUGUCCGAAUGGACCAACUUUGAUGUCGCACUUGGUGCUGAUCUGAUCUACGACGCGGAUCUUGUGCCACUCCUGUUGUCCACGGUGCAGGAUCUGUUCGACAAUUAUGGAGUUCAGCAUUUUAUCAUCUCCGCGACCGUGCGCAACGAAGAUACUUUCCAGACGUUUUUGCGUGUCUGUGAAUCGCACGCCUUCACCGUUGAGCAGCUCCCCUUUCAGUCGGCACCUUCCGAAUCCCAAACCGGAUUCUUCCAUUCGACGAGCACGCCCAUCCGCACCUAUCGCAUUUUGCCAUCGUCAUGA